CACUGCUGCUUCGCACUACGAUCCCACCUCGAUAUUCUCUUUCCAUAAACGGUUCGACACAAUGGCGAAAGCACUCAAGUUGAAAGCUGCGCUCGACAGGCAAAAGGGUGUCGAUCACAAACUCGAAAAGCAAAAGAAGAAGCAGAAAGAGGCAGAGAAGCGCAAGCGAGCGAAGCAGUCGAAAAACGAUGCUGAUGAAGGCGACGAGAAUGAGGGAGAUGAGGUUGACUUCUCUGCACUCGAGAAUGUCCUUGCCGGCGCAGAGGUCAUCGAAGUCGACGGCGAGGAAAAGGUGGACAAGAGACAGAAACCCAAGGCCGGCAAUCGCAAAGAGCGAAGAGCCGCCAUGCUUGCCGCCAAAGCAGCUGCCGAGGCAGAGGAGAUAGCGAAUGGCGGCAAGAAGGAGGAAGACGCAGAAGGUUGGGAGACCGACGAGAGCGAGGACGCGGAGGAUGCAAAUGGCGGCGUUGAGAUCGGCCCACUGUCGGACGAAUCUGAGUCGGAGUCUGAGAUCGAGAACGACGCUGCUGAGGAUGACGAAGACGACGAAGAGGACGAAGAGGAUAUCCCGCUAUCAGAUCUCGAAUCACUGGCGUCCGAAGACAAGGAAGACGUUGUCCCACAUCAGCGUUUGACCAUCAACAACACGGCUGCUCUUGCACGAUCAUUAAAGUCAAUCGCACUGCCUGCCGACCUGCCAUUUUCUGCUGUCCAAGCGAUCACUUCCGAGGAGCCUGUUCAGAUCGCAGAUGUCGAGGAUGAUCUAAACCGCGAGCUCGCCUUUUAUCGACAAUCACUCAACGCAGUCGCAGCCGCGCGCUCGAAGCUGAAGGCGGAAGGGGUACCGUUCAGCAGACCGACCGACUAUUUCGCUGAGAUGGUGAAGUCAGAGGAGCAGAUGGGCAAGGUGCGAGCGAAAUUGUUAGAUACCGAAGCGAGGAAGAAGGCAAGUUCGGACGCGAGAAGGCAAAGGGAUCUCAAGAAGUUCGGCAAGCAGGUACAGAUUGCGAAGUUGCAGGAAAGGCAGAAGGAAAAAACGGCGACGUUGGACCGCAUUCAGACUCUCAAGCGGAAACGCCAAGGCGCAGAUCUCGCAGCCAACGAGGACGAUCCAUUCGACGUCGCGCUGGAAGACGCCGCCACUACUGCUGCAAAGGACAAGGCAGAGCGAAGAGCUAAGGGUGAUGGACCAAACAGGAAACGUCAGAAGAAGAAUGAGAAGUUCGGGUUUGGUGGCAAGAAGCGAUUCUCUAAGAGCAACGAUGCCAAAUCGACCGCAGAUGACAGCGGGUAUUCAGUGAAGAAGAUGAAGGCUGGUAGCAAGCGACCAGGCAAGAGCAAGCGUGCACGAACAUAGUGUAAUGUCAGAAGGCGGUGCAAAAAUGUGCUUGUAUGGGGAUUUAGCGAGGCGUUCGGUACGUAAAAAUGCACAGUCGAUUGGAAUUACGCCAUGGUCUAUGGCGUUCUGACUACCAGA